AUGCAUCCCGCCUGCUACUGCGCGGGCAGGGCCAGGCCGCGCGCACUGCUGCUCCCGCUGGAUCCCUACGGCCAUGGGCUGCUGCACGCCCUGCCCCCGGACGCCUGCAGGACUCGCGGGCACGGCAAGAGGAAGAGCUGGAACUUCAUCCACGAGAAGAUGAGCUACGACACUUUCUUCACCAUGAAGCGGCUGAUCGAGCGCUCGCGCAGCGUGGGCGAAGUGCUGCGCUGGGUGACGCAGAACCCGGGCAAGGUGUCGGCCAGCCAUUACCCCAUCGCCCUGCACAAGCUGGGCCAGCUCCUGCAGCAGCAGCAGGGCCCGGCCGCCCUCAACGGGGAGAGCCGGCGGCCCGGCCCGGUGCUGGAGCAGCCCGAGUUCCAGACGCUGUGCCAGGCCAUCAUCAGCGGCUGCUCCAAGUUCGAUAACUUCAGCAUCGUCAACUGUCUGUACGCUGCUGCCGCGCUGGGGCUGCCCGGGGAGUCCCCCCUGGUGCGGGUGCUGGAGGACGAGUCCCGCAACCGCCUGGGCCGCUUCAACCAGAAGGACGUCUCCAUGGUGUUCAGCAGCGUCAUGCGGCUGCACCCCUCCAGCCCUCACCCCCUGGUCGAGUCGUGCCUCAGCAGCUUGGAGCGGCACCUGGAGAAGGAGCGGCACCCUCAGACCCUCUUCCUGCUGCUCUCCUAUUACCGGCUGCGGGCGCAGGCCCUGCAGGGCCACCCGGCCUCCGACCAGCAGCUCAUCAACAACCGCAAGAUCCUGCGCCUGGUGCGGCACACGCUGGGCCAGGUGAGCGCCAUGCGGGAGCACGAGCUGGCCCUGCUGGAUGAGAUGCUGGCCCUGUGCGCCCAGGAGGCCAACAACAAGGCACUGGAGGCCAUCUUCAGCUCGCAGCUCUUCUAUGAAAACCGCCAAGAGCGAUUCAUCCGCAGCAUGGCAGAGUGGCUUCCCAGGAAGGCCGAGAACCUGACCCCCUACACCAUGGCCCUCAUUGCCAAGUACGUGGCCCGGCACCGGCUGCGUGAGCCGCGCCUGCUCGAUACCAUCGCAAACUUCCUCCUGAAGCGUGGGGAGCAGCUGGACAGCAAGGUGAUCCAGAAGCUGGUGUUUCCCUUCAGCCGGAUGAACUACCGCCCGUCCAACCACAGCGAGCUCUUCCCCAAGCUGGAGGCCAUCCUGGAGCAGAAGGCGGGCAGCUCGCCCCUGGCCACCGUCAACAUCCUCAUGUCCAUGUUCCAGCUCAGCCACUUCCCCCAGUCUGUCCUGCAUCAAGUCUUCUCCCCGGCUUUCAUCACCAACGUUAUGAGCAGCCCCUACGCGCUCAUCGUGCGCCGCUACCUCUCUCUGCUGGACGCUGCUGUGGAGUUGGAGUUCCGCGAUUACAGCGGCCCGCGCCUCGACCCGCGCUACCGCGUCCUCAUGUUCGAGCACGCGCUGACAGCCGACGAGGCCAACAGGAAGUACAGGUGAGAGGGGGCCUGGGCUGCUGC